AUGAAGCGCUUUUUAGGAUCUCUGAGCAGGCGCUCAAGCUCCAGCGACAGUUUUGAACACCGCGACGACUCACCAGAAGCCAUUGUCCUGAGAGAAUUGACUGCCUUCUGCGAGUCGAAUACAAAUGCGAAUGCCCCCCCGCGUGACGCGCAAGGAACCGAGUUUGUCCACCUCCCCAAAAUCGUCGAAGCCGCUGAGUCGAGCCCCAAUGCUGCCAAGCAAGCGGCUCUACGAAUUCGCAAGUAUCUCGCAGAUCCCGCCAGCACCCCGAGCCCGACACAGUACAAUGCGAUCAUGCUCAUGCGCAUCCUGGUGGACAACCCGGGACACACCUUCACCCGCAACUUCGAUGCCAAAUUUGUGACGGUUAUCAAAGAAUUGCUGCGCACAGGACGCGACUUCCACGUACAGAACUAUCUCCGUCAGUAUCUGGGUCACCUCGACCAACAGCGCCCAUGGGAUGAAGACCUCAAACUGCUGCUGCAGAUGUGGGCGAAGGAGAAGAUGAAAUCCCAACACGGUUUGAUCGACCCUUUCCCCAUGAAUACCAUCAUCCCACCGCAAGUCCCACCCAGGAACCAGCAGCAACCAUAUAGCCAGGCCCGCGCACCGGCAAAUACCCUCCCCAACCCGGUCGAACUAGCGGCGCGUGUCGAGGAGGCGCGCAAUUCGGCAAAGCUGCUAACGCAGUUUGUGCAGUCCACACCGCCGGCAGAGCUGGAAGACAACGAGCUCAUCAAAGAGUUCAUUGACCGCUGCAGGACUGGCUCGCGUUGUAUCCAAGGAUAUAUCCACUCGACCAAUCCGACACCGGACGAGGAUACCCUGUUGACGCUCAUUGAGACGAACGACGAGAUCUCCGUGGCACUGUCGCAGCAGCAGCGUGCCAUGCUUAAGGCGCGCAAGAUCAGAGGUUCUUCGUCGCCGAGCUCGUCCAAUUUGAACAGUCCGUCACCGACAUCGCCGCCUGUCGCACCAACUACAAAUUUCUCUCCUCCCCCCGGGCCGCCGGCUCGGACUACAACAUGGAGCUCCGAGUCCCAUGCUCCCGCCGCGGCACAGCUGCCUUCGACGGCUAUGACUGGCGGCCGCGCACCUGCUUCCAAUCCUGCUCCAGGCUCCGCGACUACCGGCCGGUAUGAAUACAAUGCGGAGGAAUUCCAGGUGCGGAAUCCUUUCGCCGAUGACUAUGCCACGAACGACUCGGACCAGGAGAGACAUCGAGUGCAGGGAAAUGCGCAGCCACAUAGUGAUCGUGUGCGCCUCCAGCCCACUGAGCAGGAGCGCUAG